AGCAGCUGAUCUUCCCAUCACCAGCCUAAAAAUACUCUACAGCAGAGUUUAGAGCUGCUUCAGUAAGUGGAGGAAAAUCCUGUCAUCAGAAUAAUAUUGAUCAGAUAGGACAGCGGAGUGAACAUUUGGUUUGGUGUUUUGUGUGCGCUAAGCAAUAAGGCUGUCUGGAAGCAAUGAAACUCGCAUUUUGUGGUAAUGAUAACCCUGCUGCCUAUAAUAUCAGUGCUGGUGUCCUGAGAAAUGUCUGCUUCGUGGAUGCUCUCAACCUGGUUCCCCAUGUCUUCCUGUUAUUUAUCACCUUUCCAAUUUUGUUUAUUGGCUGGGGAAGUCAAAGCUCCAAAGUCCAGAUACAUCACAACACAUGGCUGCAUUUCCCUGGACACAACCUCCGGUGGAUUUUGACAUUCACCCUCCUGUUCGUGCAUGUCUGUGAGAUAGCAGAGGGCAUAGUUUCAGAUGCACAAAUGAAAUCUCGACACCUGCAUCUCUUCCUACCAGCUAUAAUUGGAUUUGUGGCUGCCACAACAUCUAUAGUCUACUACCAUAAUAUUGAAACAUCUAACUUUCCAAAAUUACUGCUAGCUCUCUUUCUUUACUGGGUUAUGGCCUUUGUCGCCAAAACCAUCAAGCUGGUCAGAUACUGUCAAGAAGGUGUGACAUUCUCUCAGUUGCGCUUCUGUAUCACUGGAAUUAUGGUCAUUCUUUAUGGGUUGCUGAUGGCUGUGGAGAUCAAUGUCAUUAGAGUUAGGAGAUAUGUAUUUUCCAUGAACCCUCAGAAAGUAAAGCCACCUGAAGACCUACAAGAUCUGGGUGUGAGAUUUCUUCAGCCAUUUGUCAAUCUUCUCUCAAAAGCGACUUACUGGUGGAUGAAUACACUUAUUAUAUCUGCUCACAAGAAACCAAUUGACUUGAAGGCAAUUGGGAAGCUGCCAAUAGCAAUGCGAGCUCUUACUAACUACGUUUGUUUGAAAGAAGCCUAUGAAGAACAAAAGAAAAAGGUGGCAAACCAGCCGAAUAGGAAUCCUUCUAUAUGGUUAGCAAUGUACAGGGCUUUUGGACGACCAAUUCUUCUCAGUAGCACAUUCCGUUACUUGGCUGAUCUGUUGGGUUUUGCUGGACCACUCUGCAUUUCUGGCAUUGUUCAAGGCUUCCAGAAUACAAGCCAAGACAAUACAACCACAAUAGAAAAGGAUCAAUCAGACUCAUACCUCUCCUCACAGGAUUUCCUUGGAAAUGCUUAUGUCCUAGCAGUUCUGCUGUUCCUGGCCCUCAUCCUACAAAGGACAUUUCUGCAGGCUUCCUAUUAUGUUACCACCGAAACUGGCAUCAAUCUGCGAGGUGCCUUACUGGCAAUGAUAUACAAUAAGAUUCUGAGACUUUCUACAUCCAACUUGUCCAUGGGAGAGAUGACAUUGGGACAGAUCAAUAACUUGGUUGCCAUUGAAACAAAUCAGCUAAUGUGGUUCUUGUUCCUAUGUCCCAACCUAUGGGCUAUGCCUGUACAGAUCAUAAUGGGCGUGAUCCUACUUUAUAACUUGCUUGGAGAGAGUGCAUUAGUUGGUGCUGCUGUAAUUGUAUUGCUUGCUCCGAUACAAUAUUUCAUAGCUACAAAGCUGGCUGAAGCUCAGAAGAGCACUCUGGAUUAUUCCACUGAAAGAUUGAAGAAAACCAAUGAGAUAUUGAAAGGCAUUAAAUUGUUAAAGCUGUAUGCCUGGGAGCACAUAUUUUGCACUAGCGUGGAGGAAACAAGAAUGAAGGAGUUCACAAGUCUCAAAACCUUUGCACUUUAUACAUCUCUUUCCAUUUUUAUGAAUGCAGCCAUCCCAAUGGCAGCUGUUCUUGCAACCUUUGUCACCUAUGCAUAUACCACUGACAAGAAACUGCAGCCAGCACAAGCCUUUGCAUCCCUGUCAUUGUUCCAUAUCCUGGUUACACCACUGUUCCUGCUCUCCACUGUAGUUAGGUUUGCAGUCAAGGCCAUUAUAAGUGUUCAGAAGCUAAAUGAAUUUCUCUUAAGUGAUGAGAUUGGAGGUGACAGCUGGAGAGAUGGGUGCAGCUCAGUAGCUUAUGAGUCAUGCAAGAAGCACACAGGAUUUCACUCCAAGGCCAUCAACAGGAAACAGCCAUUGAGAUAUCAGCUGGAGAGUUAUGAGCAGUCAUCAAGGAGGCAGCCACGUCCCUUAGAGAUAGAUGAUAUUGCAAUCAAGGUCACCAAUGGAUACUUUUCUUGGGGGAGUGGUUUAGCUACAUUAUCCAAUAUAAACAUCAGAAUCCCAACAGGUCAGAUGACAAUGAUUGUGGGUCAGGUGGGCUGUGGCAAAUCUUCACUUCUCCUUGCUAUACUUGGAGAGAUGCAGACUCUGGAGGGAAAAGUUCACUGGAGCAAUGUAAAUGAAAAUGAACCUUCUUUGGAAGCACCCAGAAGUCGAAACAGAUACUCUGUGGCUUAUGCAGCACAGAAGCCAUGGCUAUUGAAUGCUACAGUGGAAGAAAACAUUACCUGUGGGAGCCCUUUUAACAAACAGAGAUACAAAACUGUUACAGAUGCCUGCUCUCUACAACCCGACAUUGACUUGUUACCAUUUGGUGAUCAGACAGAAAUUGGAGAAAGGGGCAUUAACUUAAGUGGAGGCCAACGGCAAAGAAUCUGUGUAGCUCGAGCACUCUAUCAAAAUACCAAUGUUGUUUUCUUGGAUGACCCCUUCUCUGCACUGGACAUUCACUUAAGUGAUCACUUGAUGCAGGAAGGUAUCUUGAAAUUCCUCCAAGAAGACAAAAGAACACUUGUUCUGGUGACACACAAAUUACAAUAUCUGCCACAUGCUGACUGGAUCAUAGCCAUGAAGGAUGGUAUGGUGCUCAGAGAAGGGACUUUGAAGGACAUCCAAAACAAAGACGUUGAACUUUAUGAACACUGGAAAACUCUGAUGAAUCGUCAAGAUCAAGAAUUAGAAAAGGAUAUGGAAGCUGACCAAACUAGUUUGGAAAGAAAAACUCUCAGAAGAGCUAUGUACCCAAGAGAAUCCAAAGCACAACUGGAGGAUGAGGAUGAAGAGGAAGAAGAGGAAGAAGAUGAAGAUGAUAACAUGUCAACAGUAAUGCGGCUCAGGACAAAGAUGCCCUGGAAAACCUGUUGGAGAUAUCUUACCUCUGGAGGAUUUUUCUUGCUGUUUCUAAUGAUUUUCUCCAAGCUGUUGAAACACUCAGUCAUUGUAGCCAUAGAUUACUGGCUGGCUAGAUGGACGUCCCUGGAUGAGAAACAUAAAACAGACGAGACUUACUAUGUAGCUGGGUUCAGCUUGCUUUGUGGAGCAGGGAUUGUGCUUUGUCUUAUCACAUCUCUGACUGUGGAGUGGAUGGGCCUCACAGCAGCCAAGAACCUUCACCACAAUCUCCUGAACAAGAUCAUCCUUGGGCCAAUCAGGUUCUUCGAUAUGACUCCCUUGGGGUUAAUUCUAAAUCGCUUCUCUGCUGAUACGAAUAUUAUUGAUCAGCACAUUCCCCCUACCCUGGAGUCUCUCACCCGGUCAACCUUACUUUGCCUUUCUGCCAUUGGAAUUAUCUCCUAUGCCACACCAUGGUUCCUCGUUGCUCUUGUACCUCUUGGGAUAGCCUUUUAUUUCAUCCAGAAAUACUUCAGAGUCGCUUCCAAGGACCUACAGGAACUUGAUGACAGCACCCAGCUACCUUUACUCUGUCAUUUCUCAGAAACAGCUGAAGGACUCACCACUAUUAGAGCAUUUAGGCAUGAAGCCAGAUUUAAACAACGUAUGUUGGAACUAACAGACACAAACAACAUUGCCUAUUUAUUUCUCUCAGCUGCCAAUAGAUGGCUGGAGGUCAGGACGGAUUAUCUGGGUGCCUGUAUAGUUCUUACUGCAGCAGUUGCUUCCAUCAAAGAAGGGCCAAAGUCUGGUUUUGUGGGGCUAGGUCUCCUUUAUGCCCUAACGGAAAGGCAGGUGCCAGUAAGUUUGGAACCAGGUUGGCUGCAAGAAGUACUGGAGCAAGGGAGAUCAUCCAUUUGUCUAUCUAUCGAAGCUCCACUCCUAGACUGGCUGCUGACCAUGUUUAAGAGCCCAGUCUACCUUAUCAUGAAGCGGACUUCAGUUCCACAACUUCUUGGCAGCAUUUCCUUCACUGGGAUAACCAACUAUUUGAACUGGGUUGUGAGAAAUUUGGCUGAUUUAGAGGUGCAAAUGGGUGCAGUGAAGAAAGUGAACAGCUUCCUGAACAUGGAGUCUGAGAACUACGAUGGCACCUUGGAUGCUUCUCAAAUUCCAAAAGACUGGCCCCAGGAGGGGGAAAUCAAGAUUGAAGAUUUGUGUGUCCGAUAUGAAAACAACCUGAAGCCUGUUCUCAAGCAUGUCAAGGCUUACAUCAAACCAGGACAGAAGGUUGGGAUCUGUGGCCGCACAGGGAGUGGAAAAUCAUCAUUGUCUUUGGCUUUCUUCAGAAUGGUGGACAUCUUUGAUGGGAGGAUUGUGAUUGAUGGAAUAGACAUUAGUAAAUUACCCCUGCACACCCUCCGCUCCCGACUGUCAAUUAUUCUCCAAGAUCCUGUGCUGUUCAGUGGUUCCAUUCGCUUUAAUUUGGAUCCAGAGUGCAAGUGCACUGACGAUAGACUUUGGGAAGCUCUGGAGAUUGCUCAGCUGAAGAACAUGGUGAAGUCAUUGCCAGGAGGCCUAGAUGCGAUGGUAACAGAAGGAGGAGAGAAUUUCAGUGUGGGUCAAAGACAGCUCUUCUGUUUGGCCAGAGCCUUUGUUCGUAAGAGCAGCAUCCUCAUCAUGGAUGAAGCCACAGCUUCUAUUGACAUGGCUACAGAAAACAUUUUGCAGAAGGUUGUGAUGACUGCCUUUGCAGACCGCACAGUUGUAACAAUAGCUCAUCGGGUUCACACUAUUCUGACUGCAGACCUGGUCAUUGUGAUGAAACGAGGGAACAUUUUGGAAUACGAUACUCCAGAGAACUUACUCUCCCAGGAAAAUGGCAUCUUUGCUUCUUUUGUCCGGGCUGACAUGUGAAGGGUCACUAGAUUGCAUGCUGUAUUUUUAAUACCUUAUUUUUAAAAAAAAAAUGAAAUUUAAAUAUUUUCUAUUGGAAGUAGUGUCACUUUAGUCUUUUCAAAUAUUUUUUUCUGCACGUUUCUAUCUUUAAAUAAUAAAACCCAUUGCACUACAUGUAUGUCUCAAAGCAAUAAAAAUGUCACUUUACCAAAUGCCAUUAAGCUUCUCACAUGUAAAUUUGCAACAGUUUGACUUCCUGAAAAUUUGGCAUUUUCCUUGGAUGUUGUUAGUGCAGUAUUUUGUUGUUGGUAACAUGCAAAAGAAUGCUGCCUUUUAGGAACUGAAUAUGGUACAUUGGAACCAGUGAUCAAAUAAUGUAAUGUGUCGUGGGAGCUAAAGAGCACCAGGAAUAUCUACCCCUAGAAAAAUAAUACUGUAUAUAACACUUAGGGUGCUGACACAAGUGACAUUUUGUCACACGAUGAGCCACUCAAAGUGCUCUACAGUCAUGCCCUUACAGGAGUGCAUGGUGCUUCAAAAGGGCCCAAUCCCAUGACAGUUUGAACCCUCAUUAUUUGAGGGUUCAGAUGAAGGCACUACAAAGCAGAGUGUCAUCAUUAACUUGUGUCAGCGUGUGCUGGGAGUAGGGCCUGCUCCUCACACUGUCUUCAGCACGGGAGGAAGGGGAAGGGAGGCCCCCCACUCCAAUCCAGCUGCCCCACCCUCCAGCAUCAGCUGGGCAACUCCCAAACUGAGCUCUCUCCGCUCCCUUCCCCCCUCCCAUUUUGAAGACAGCAGCAGGGCUUGGAGGCGUGGGGUUAGGGGACAGCAGCUGCGGACUUGCAGCCGCUCCAACUGCAGCUCAGUCUCCCAACCCCAGGGACCCAAUAGCAAAUGUCUGUUGGGUCUGGGGGAUCACUGUAAGUCAAGGUGCUUCCUAUAAAGUGCCAUGAGUUACAGUGGGGAGCUUCACUUCAGUCUGCGCUCUUAGUGCAAUCUGAUGCAUUCCAAAAGUGUAAACUUUGCCUAGAGUCAUAUCUUUGAGCUAAAGUUAAAAAAUAUUCUCUUGAGAGCAGGAGUUAUAGAACAAAUGAUUUCCACCAGAGGUAAGUAAAUUUCUCCUCUCUUCCAUGUCAGUGCAUAUGAACUAUUUGGAAUCCUGAUGGACUCCGCUUUUUAAAAGCAAUGGCAGUUGCCAUCCACAAAGCUGUGUAUAAGCUUUAUAUAAGCUUCCCCAGUGUUAUAAUGGAUGAGACUCUUUCUGAAGUGCAUAUAUAUUUUUAUUACAAGGUAGUGUAGUAUUCAGAUCUUGCCCAGGAAUCUACUCUUCCUAAUGGUAAUGGCCAGGAAACAUCAAAAGGACAAGAUAAAAAUCAGUAUCUGAAAAAAAUUGUGUUUAGUGUUCAGCUCCUAACUCCUUGCUGGUUGUAUGGCUUUUGAAAAUGAAAGGGCACAUUCAUCCCAGGAUUAUAUUGGCUUCAGUAGGUUUACCCUGGGAAUGAACUUCACUCAAUAUGGUAAGACUUAGUAUUAGAGGAAAUGUAGUUUAAGUAUACAGAUAUUGGCACCCAUUUUUAAAAAAAUUUUAGUUCAGAUCUUAUAUAAGGCAUGUUCCUGCAAUUAGACAAUCAUUAGUACCUGGGCAUCAAUUUUAACCUUCUUAUCAUAAACCACCUUUUAUUCCCUCUCCAAACCUCAAAACACUCUUCACAUAUCUACCACUUUCAUACCUUGGCCUGGAUGAUAUGAUUUUCAAAGCAAGGUAGAGGAUUUAGAUGCAUCUUAAUUUUGCUCAGCCCCUUAACACUGCUUUGGGAAUCUCAUCCAGAUAUCUCUCUACAGAUGAUUAAUGGUUAGAAAUAAAUUCUGCACUUGGAACAAUGCACAUAAAUCUCUCUGUAUUAAGAGGAGUGUUAUACAUAUGCUUCCAAAAUAGAAUUUGGAACAUAAUCCAUCCUACUGCCAGAACUACUCAAUGUAAAUCAUAAUCAUGAACUACUGUAUGUCUAGGAAGGACAUCCUGUAUGCAGGAUAAGCAUGUUGUUAUCAUGACUUAUUAAAAUAAUUAAAAUUUAGAAAUUGAACCCAG